CCAACAACAAGAACAAGACAAACUCCAUGAUUUUGAAAUCUUCUUUAACAAAUGUUUAAUUGAAUAAUAUGGCUGAAAAUGCCUCAGAGAGGGAUCCAUUACUUCAGAAGGAUCAAAAUACAUCAUAUGAUGUGAACUCUAUCGGUUCUCGUAUAGAAUACAGAGUCUACACCAGACGAUGGUACAUGCUGUUUGUUCUGUGUUUAUUAAACUUCUCCAAUGCWAUGAUUUGGAUAUCAUUUGCUCCAGUUGCAGACUAUUCUGCUAGUUAUUACAAUCGAAGUCUGAGUGAUAUUAACUGGUUGUCUAUAGUGUUUCUUCUUGUGUGUUUCUUGUUUGGUCUUGGUGCUUCGUGGGUUCUUGAUACCUUGGGUCUUAGAACUGGGGUUCUCGUUGGUGCUUGGUUAAAUGGUAUWGGUGCAGGUCUUCGUAUAAUUAGUGGUUUUUCAUUUAUACCUCUGUCGUACAAGUUUACUGUGGUCAUGAUUGGUCAGAGCAUUUCAUCUUUUGCACAACCUUUUGUAUUGAGUUCUCCUACCAAACUAGCAGCGCUGUGGUUUGGUGCAAACGAGAGAGCAACAGCCAAUAUGUUGGCUUCUCUUUCCAAUCCAUUAGGAGUACUAGUAGCCAAUGUUGUCGCACCUAACAUUGUAUCAAGUGAAGACAAAAUACCACUUAUGUUAGAGGUCUUUGCUGCUCCAGCCUUCCUUGGAGUUGUCAUGACAACAUUAGGUUUUUGCAGUAGUGUUCCACCCACUCCUCCCUCACAUUCAGCUGCUUCUCAAUCUGAGCCAUUCUUUGUUGGAUUAAAAACUGUAUUACGAAACAAAUCCUAUCUUGUCCUGAUGAUGGCAUUUGGUGUUGGUAUUGGWCUGUUUUCUUGUUUAUCAACCAUUCUUGAGCAGAUCAUUUGUCCAUUUGGCUACAGUGAUAAAAUGGCAGGUAAUGCAGGAGCAGUUCUGAUAGGGUGUGGCCUGCUGGGUGGGGCWCUCUCUGGCUGGUAUGUCGAUAAGUCUAAAGAAUUUGAGUUAACAGCAAAAGUAUCUUAUGGGAUGUCAGCCAUUACUUGCUGUUUCUUUGCCAUGAUUUUUAAACUGCCAGACCAGGCAUCACUAGUUCUGGUAGCAUCAGGUCUUUUUGGUUUCUUUGCCUUUGCAUUAAUGCCAGUUUGUUUGGAGCUUGGGGUGGAAUGUACAUACCCUGUUGCUGAGGCAACCAGUGCAGGACUGCAGUGGAUAAUGGGACAAGCUUCUGGUAUCAUCCUAAUCAUUAUUUGUCAAGUACUAGCUCAAUCUAAGACUGAUCAAGAACUUCCUGAUGCCAAAUGCCGAAAAAGUGAUAAACAAGGUGGUCACAUACAAGACUUAACAUGGGCGAUGUAUUUUCUUACAAUAGUAGCAGUGUUCGUUGCCAUCAUAUUUAUCAUCCUGUUYAAGCCACGCUACCACAGGUUAAUAGCAGAACGGGAACAAAUAUUCCUACCAGAUGAUGCAGCUACUGGUAUCAGGACACUACCAUCAUCUCCAAGUGACUCUGUUUAAAGACAGUUCAAAAAUGGAUAUAACAGUCUAGACCAAUCAGUUGUGCAGGUAAUAAUAAUUAUUAUUAGAGUAUAUUAAUAUUAUAUAAAUUUUAAAGCUAUUCUCACAAGAAGGAUUUUACUGUGAGACACUCGAACCAUGAACACUUCAAGGUUUUUUAAACAUUUUUUAAAUCAUCCAAUCAGAAGCCAGAUUAAUUAUUGAAAAUUUGCAUUUUGUGCCACAGUUUUGCAUACUACCACAUUUUCCGCCAUUCGUUGCGAUUGGAUGGUGCCUAAAAAAAGUUUGAUCCCCUUUCUACAGAGAGCUGUGAUUGGAUAGUUAUGAAAAAAUGUCCAAAAAAUCUUGUGUGUUCGAGUUUCAGCACUGUAAUAUAUUAAGAAGUUUUUAAAACAYGCAGGCAGGCGACCUUAAAAAAACUUUAUAAAAAAGUUUUAAAUUUUAUGAGAUUAAUUGAUGCUUUAUGAUAGCCAAAAAAAUUUAAAUCAUAUUAAAUACAUUUACAGUAUUUUAGAAUUCAGAAUUAAAACUCAAUCAAUGAAUGAUCUUUAUAUAAUGCCAUGUAUUAGGUAAAACCACCGUUUUUCAAUUUAGUCAUAAAUUUUAACAUAUUUAUGUAUGAAAAAUCAUAGAGAAAAUAAAUUCAAAAUCUUUAUUG